GCCAGCCCAUUAGUCCCAUAUUCUCCCCAGCGGCCCAACUAUUCGAAUUACGAAACGAGGAGGAGGAAGAGCACGGGAGCUCAACCAAGACAGGAAAGUGUAGAGAUACCGCAGUCGCCCCUGCAACUCGAUCCUUGGCCGUCGCCCAUCGCUCUCUGGGAAGAACUGUGAGCGUAGUUUUGGCAAAUAGACAUGGACGGAAAGCCCUCAAAUUCUCCUUCUAGCUUCGUUGAUAAGAUGGUUGUUCCUGGAGAUGUAGUUCUAGACCUUUCAAGCAUGGCUAACCAAACUAUUAAAUUGGGCGGAGGACUGCGUCAGGACAAUGAUGCUAUUUCUGUUACGAAGGCUGGGAAGUUAAAGUUCUCAAGGCCAAACAAGUACUGGGUUGAAAGCAACCAGAAGAGGUAUGUACCUUGUGUGGAGGAUACAGUUCUUGGUAUUGUGGUUGAUUCUAAGGCAGAGAACUUUCUUGUGGACAUAAAGGGACCUGCAUUGGCAUUUCUUCCCGUACUUGCUUUUGAAGGAGGAACAAGGAGAAACAUUCCAAAGUUUGAGGUAGGUUCAUUGCUUUACGUGCGUGUGGUUAAAGCUAGUGCUGGCAUGAAUCCUGAGCUCUCAUGUACUGAUGCCAAUGGUAAAGCAGCAGAAUUUGGCCUCCUGAAAGAUGGGUACAUGUUUGAAACAUCGACUGGCCUUUCACGAAUGCUUCUCAGCUCUCCAACAUGUCCUCUUCUUGAGGCUCUCGGCAAGAAGAUAUCAUUUGAAAUAGCUGUUGGGUUAAAUGGCCGUGUUUGGGUGAAUGCUGGCUCUGCUUCCACUGUAAUCCUUGUUGCAAAUGCAAUCAUGAACUCUGAGUCUCUCAGCAGCACAAAACAAAAAAUCAUGGUGGAAAAACUCCUCCAGAAAUUUCAGUAAUGCCAAGUAAGCCGGUCCACUGCAAAUUAUUUCCCUCAGUUCCUCUCUCUUAAUUCCUGUACCAGAGUUCCAUGGAGUCGAAUUACUGGUGUCCUUGUGGCUUCGGGCUUGUGUAGGCUGGUUUGGUCUCCUAGGUAUCACAUCCUCGACAUUUCUUACAAUAGUGCAUUUUGGUGUUGAUCAUGGUAUUUCUUUUCCAUUCUGUACAUUUUUUUUUUCUUUUUUACCAUUUGUUAUUUGGUCUUGAGGCUGCAUUUGGUUGUCUAGUUUCUGACCAAAACGGAUCUUGGGGUCGCACAUAUUUUGGUAGUCUCCAUUGGAAAACUCUUACCUCCAAGGUGAAACUUAUUGACAGUAAUAAAUUUUUCAAUGUAUUAUUAUUAUUAUUAUUUUGUUUUUAUGAAAUCUGAA